AUGACUGGAUUCUAUAGAUAUCCUUAUGAUUCAUCCACAGAAAGUAAUACUGUCGAGCUCAUUCAUGACACGUUCCAAAGUCUCAGUGAUUGGGAUGGCUUUAUGGUCGAUGGAUAUGACAGCGUCACAAUAGACACUCACAUCUACCAGAUGUUUUCAGAUGAGUUGCCUACAACUAUUCCCAACACAUCAAGGAGGCAUGCAGUCAUGGGUCUAGCCUCUCGCCAUCACGAAGCUGAGUCUCACCAUCACCACCACGAAGCUGGAUCUUUCCUCAGGCAUGUCCACUGUGCCAUCAUGGCCCUUGGCUUAUGGGAAGGUCAUGCUGUUGUGUUCGUUCUCACUCCUCUGAGAAGGAAAAUUCAGGCAAUGUCAAGGAGCUUCUUCCUGAUGGGUCCAUCUUGUGGGUCUAUCACCAUCAUGAAGCUGAGUCUCACCAUCACCACCACGAAGCUGGAUCUUUCCUCAGGUGUGUCCACCAUGCCAUCAUGGCCCUUGGCUUAUGGGAAGGUCAUGCUGUUGCAUUCAUUCUUGCGUGUCGAGCUGAAGCACUUAGAGCAUGAGCACCAAAGGUUAUUGCAAUGGAAAAUGUUCAAGGAUCGAAUGCGCGCACUUGAACAACAGCAGCUCAUCUUGCAGUCUCAGCGCCCAGAGACCCUUUCUAAGGCUGUCAGUUCUCGAGGACAAAGUCCAGGUGGCUUAUGCAUCAGCAAUGCACAGUGUCAUUCAAGGAGGUCGUGUCCUCUAUGGACUUUUACAGGUCCAUCCCGCAGCUCCCAGACACCAAAUCACCAAGACAAUAAUAUCAACUUCAAGAUUGUCACACUGCACUCGCAUUCAGUUUUGACCCUUGCACCCCAAGACCCUCUUCAGUCUCUCCCACAACCCCAGUGGGACCUCCAAGUCCACCUGCCAUCCCACAUCCUCAUUCACCUCUGCGAGUGCACGAGCGGCAGCCUCUGUCCACCAGCAUUUUCGCUCCUGCCCACAACACACGUUGGAGUCCAUCGAUCUUGGUUUAUCUGUCAUUCCAGCGUCAUCAAUGAACAAACAAUGAGCCAAAGCCUGAGGACGUACCAGAUCACGCUCAAGAUCUUUGUUCAGACAAGUAUAGAGUUCGAAUCAUGA